AUGGGGACUGGUAGUCCUGCUAUCAGCAUCACCUGGGCACUCGCUCUCAUCUCCACCUUGAUCCACCCCUGUGAGGGGGACAGGAGGUUCAGAAGAGAUUUAUCAAAGAAGAUUGUGUUGGACAUGGCUGACUCUUCCUAUGAUGAUCAGUACUUGGGCUGCACUGAGGCCAUGGAUAACAACAUCCCCAGAAUCCUUCAGGCUGAGAAGAAAUUAAACAAGGACUUUGCGGAUGCCUGGGAAAAUGCCACCGGAGAAUGGGAAAAGAGAAAGGGAAACACUAAGGUUCCCAUUGGAUUUAAGGAUGAGUAUGCAAUAUCAACGUUGGUCUACACCAAUGAUAAGCCAAAUAUUUACUCUCCCUUCAAUGAGGCCGUGCGCCAGGCUGGGAAAUCCAGAGAUUUCUAUCUAAAUCAUUUCCAUUUCAAGGCUCUACAUUAUCAUCUGACCAGGGCCCUUCAGCUGCUCGAUGCUGUGGAAUCACCAACUUGUCACUCAGUCUUCAGAGGAGUAAAGACUCGAUUCACAACUGAGCAAGGGAAACAAGUCCGUUUUGACCGGUUCACAUCUUCAUCAACAGAUUACCAGAAAGCUUUGGAGUUUGGAGAUGACACGGUCUUUACCAUCAUUACCUGCUCUGGGGUCAGAAUUAGGGACUUAUCGUUCUUCCCUAAUGAGGAGGAAGUGCUUAUCCCGCCCUUUGAGAAAUUCAAAGUCACCGAUUUCAGUACAAACAAUAAUAAAAACAAGAUGACCCUUAAGUCUAUGAAAAAUCAUAGUAGGUACAACUGUGCGUUGGUGAAAGUGUUCCCGGUGUUGGCUCUUUGCUCUAGAAGAGGCGCUGAAGAACGGUCGCCGGUUGGGGUUCACAGUGUCGGCGAGUGCUUCCGGGGGUCGGCUUCCUCCUGGUGUGGGACGCUAGUGGAUGUAAUAUUAUUCCGCUAUCCUUUCUUAGAACUUGGCCCGCAUUCAGAAGACCCUAAAAAAGGUCCUGGAGAAGCUGUCUGCUCCCUCCCAUUCACAGAAAAGAUGCACAGCACCUUCAAAGUGCCCUCCCAGCUCCCCUAUGGGAUCUCCAGAGGUUCAAUCAGGACCAUCGGAUGA